AUGCUUAGAUCGAUGUUCUCACAGACCUAUAAGACGACACCUAUUAGUAGGAAUGUUAUUAUUCGAACAUUUAAACAAAGCAGUUUGAUUCAUGAUAAUAUGAACUCAACGAUUACUAAUCCUAAUACUACUACUACUACUACUACUACCAAAAGUAAUAAUAACAUUAGCACUGACAAAGUCAUUGAUCUAGAGAAUCAAAUUAAUGGCGUAAGUUCUAAAAUCAUUUCCAACAAACCAUGGUACUUACGUUUAGCUGAAGAGCAAAAAAAUUUCAAAAAAAAUAAUGCCAAUCAGAACUCGACAUCACUAUCUAGUUCAGAAAUCAAGUAUCCAUCAUAUUAUUACGAUAAUAGCAAUACUGGCAUUAAUUCUGACAAAGCCAAUACCAUAUUAAAUGAUAAAAUUAAACCCUUAUGCGAAUAUUUAAGAGAUGAUUUGGGUUUAGACAACAUCAUUAUUUUUGACAACGAAUUAACCCAUGAUACUUUCAGUGGCCAUGUUUUCACCAAAUUUAUUAUAUUGUCCACUGCCAAAUCCAAUAGACAUGCUUCCAGUUGUGUAAUGAAAGUUAAAAGAUACUUGAAAAAUAGCCAAAAACGAGAAGAAUAUGUGGAUAUUCACGUGGAAGGUGACAUGACUAGUAAUUCAAGAAAGAGAAUAAUUCGUCGUUUAAAUAGAAAGAAUAAUUUGGGCAGUAGUACCAAUAGUAAAAAUUCUAAAGGUGAUGACGGAAUAAGUGAUUGGCAAUUAAUUGAACUUAGAGAAGAAAAUAUAAUUAUUAAUAUUAUGACACAGGAAAAGAGAAGAAAUAUGAAUUUAGAGGAAUUAUAUUGUACUAAAUCAGAAUUAAGUUUAUAUUCAAAUACUAGUUUUGCUGAGCAUGAUGCUGACAGCACUGGACGUAUACAAGACAUGCAAUCUAAUUUACUUAAUGUGGACGAUUUAGAUAAUGUUUUGUUAAGGUUAAGAAAGAAUCUAGCGAUGCGUAACCAAAAAAGAAUGUAUUCCACAGAUACUAAGGCUAUUGAUGAUGCUAGAAAAGUUACAGAAUUAAAUGCUUUAUUAAAAGUGCAAGAUUUUCAAACCAUUUUUAACGAGAAAAGCGGGUUUAUCGCUUUAGAUGCCAGUGGAAACUGCACCAACAAGAGUCUUAUUCCAGCCUAUUUGGAAACUAUUAACAAAGCGUUGUUAAAUACAAACUUUAAAAUAGAGCAAGAAAAAAACGGGCGUAUAAUGAUGUCCAAAGACUGGUAUAAAUUGUAUAAUUUAAUGUGGAGUCAAUUACAAAGGAAUCAUGUGGACUAUGAGAAUUACGAUAGAUUAUGGAAAUUAAGACUUGAGUUUGUUCAAAUGUUAAGUAUAAUAGAGCCUGAGCAUAUUCACAAAUAUUUCAUUGAUGGAUAUCUAAAUUUGAAAUUAUUAACCUCUGGCUCUUGCACACUUGAAAUGAGUGAAGUUCUAACCGUUUGGAAGAAUAUACUAGUUAUUUAUGGUGGCAAAAACAACACGAAGUCUUUCAAAUAUUUGGAUGAGAUUCUAAAAAUAGUGGACGAUUUAUUAUUUGUCGGCAGAAAUGGAGCUCAAAUACAUCAGCAUAUAUAUGAAAUAUUUGCACUAAGUAUAAUUAGCUGUACUGUUAUACCAUCCCCCUUUUAUCCACAAAUUAUUAAGUAUGUUACAACUAGAUACAGUAAUUUUCUUAUUGAAAGUGGCAUUUCCUUUGAAGAUCAAUUUUUUCUAAAAACACAAUUGAAUGGUUUAAUUUUACGACAAUUAUUUUCGCAGCAAGAGAAACAUUCCUUUAUCUUCAAACUUUGGGAAUCUUCCGAUGUUGUUAAUGGUUCGCGUAACUGGAUAGAAAUGCUAGAGCAGUUGAAUGAUUGUGAAGACGGUAAACUUGUUCACGAAUUUAUUAGUAGGGGAUUCUUGUUGGAAUUGGAGAGAGAUUUACAAUUAUUAAAAGGUAGUAGAACUGAAGAUGGUUGUUAUUCUUUCACCGAGGAGCAAAUUCAGUUGCUAGAUGUUCUAAAAAAAAAAUUAUUAAGUAAAUACAGACAAAAGUAG